CCGACCUAAAGAAGCUCAAUGCAGUCUUCUCUCGAUUAGUAUGCCUGCCUACGCCAGCUACCCACAAACCAGUUAGCUAGCAUCAUUUCUCCUAUAGGUACCCCAAUACACCUUCUCAAUGUCACGAUAAUCCAAACGGUUUGAUUGAGAUACUCCUAAAUGACAUGAAUGUAAUCUGCUCGGCGCUUCGGAUCGGUUGGUUGUCAAUCAAGGUCGGUUAAUAACGAUCCAGCUCGGCUAACAGGCUAAGAGGCUAACAGCGCCUUCGAUGACAUUUCACUGACAAACACAACAAAACAGUCUGCAUGGCCGACGUGCUGCUGAGUUAGUGUCCGGCCCGUGUGCAAGGAAGGCCGGCCGGGCCUUGGAGCACUAGAGAGGAAAAAUGGCUGUGCAGAACAGGAACUCUGUGCUGAUCCUGUCGGGACGAGAGCGAGGAGCUCGCAUGCUGGGCUCCCAGCGGCUCCUGCAGCAGCUGGUGGAAGACCGAACACGCUGGAUGAAAUGGCAGAGCCAGAAAGUAGAGUUGCCGGAUAAUCCACGAUCCACCUUCCUGCUGGCCUUUAGUCCAGAUAGGAAUCUUGUGGCCUCAACCCAUGUAAACCAUAACAUCUACAUCACAGAUGUGAAAACAGGAAAGUGCCUGCACUCUUUAGUGGGCCAUCGACGCACACCUUGGUGUGUGACCUUUCACCCCACCAUCCCUGGCCUGGUUGCCUCUGGGUGCCUUGAUGGAGAAGUUCGCAUUUGGGACCUGCAUGGUGGUAGUGAGAGCUGGUUUACAGAGAGUAAUGUUGCCAUCGCUUCUCUAGCAUUCCACCCCACGGCUCAGCUCCUCCUCAUCGCCACAAACAACGAACUUCACUUCUGGGACUGGAGCCGACCAGAACCUUUUGCGGUGGUCAAGACCGCCAGCGAGACAGAACGUGUUCGGUUGGUGAGAUUUGAUCCUUUAGGUCAUAAUCUUUUGACAGCUAUUGUGAACCCAUCCAACCAGCAGAAUGAAGAGGACUCUGAAGUUCCCAUGGACAGUAUGGAGAUGGCUUUGUUCCGCCAACGGUCUCUUUUGCGCUCCCCACCUGUACGUCGAACGCCCAUCCUGCACAAUUUCCUGCACAUCUUGUCCUCUCGCUCUUCUGGGGCACAGGCCGGCGAUCAAUCCCGUCCCGCCCCAGAGCCCCGUGAGCCUCCCAGCAUACCUCGGUUCCAGUACCCGGUGCGGACGGAACCGGGUGACCGCCCUGCCUUACAGGGCUGCACGCAGCAUUUGGGUUUGGGCUGCCUGUGCAGUCGCUGCGCUGCCUCGCGAAACUUAUUCACGCAGAAUCCGUCAGGCCUCCAGCCUUCGGAUUUGCCUCAACCACAGACUCAGUCGGGCCCCUCAGCCUUCUCGCCCGCCCCCAGCCAGACCCGCACCUCCACGGACCGACCUUCUGCUUUUAGCAGCGUGUUCAGCGGGACUGCUGGGAACUCUACACAUCGGAGUCUCUUGCCUCUUAGGACUAUUGAUCCCUUGGGGUCACAGGCACCCGGGCCUCUCGAGGCCUCCGGGCGUCUCCCUGGGGCAGAUUGGUCUGGUAGUCUGCUGAGCACAGGACAUGAACAUGGGUUAGGUGCGAUUGGGGUAGAAGGCAGCGGUGGAAGGGGUGUGUUGCCCCCUCCUAGGACGAGCUCCUCUUCUAUGGAUCUCCUCUCCCUGCGCAGGUUCCCCGAUGGUUCCUCUUCAUCACCCAUAUACACAUCUGCUACGGAAGGACGGGGCCUAGUGCUGCCCGGCACGGAUCUCAACCGGGGACGAGCCAACGACGGCACAAGUAGCGGUCAUCACCCGAUCUACGACAACACCCAACGCAACAACCCCGCCUCCAUACGCAACGUCCUGCAGUGUAACUUGAGCCGUUACUUCAUGGAAUAUGAGCGGAUGCAGGAGUUGGAGCGACCCGGUGGCAGUCGAGAGGUGGUAGGUGGACCAGGACCCAUGCAGGAGCUGCUCAACAGUAGCAUGGACACAGAACGGCCCGGGCCUUCACACAACGGCUCUUCCCACACUGGAAACGGAGGCACGGCCACUGGCCCCUCACAAAACCACCCCAAUCGCUGCCGUUCGUGCCACAACCUCCUCACCUUUAACCACGACACCCAGCGCUGGGAACGUUCUGGUCAGACCUCUUCUUCCUCUUCUUCUCAAGACGGACCAUCCUGGCCCCUUUCAGUGCCUCCGUUUGAGGACCCGGGUCAGGGUGCACGAGUGGAAGCCCAAGCCCCUGAGAUGAGGCCUAUGGAGUUGAGCGAGGCCUCCUCUGGUCUACAGGGGCAGCAGCCCAUGGGUCUGGUGUACAAUCAGGAGACAGGGCAGUGGGAAAGCGUGUACCGGCAACCAACAGCCAGUGCUUCUUCUGAGGCAGCGCAAGACGCCUUAAACCCAGAGGUGCCUGUUGAUAAUCCGGACGAGGACUCACUUAGGAGGAGGUUGUUGGAAUCGUCGCUGUUUCCGUUCUCUCGAUAUGAUAUGUCUGGCUCCAGAGAUCAUCCUAUAUACCCAGAUCCUGCCAGGCUGUCUCCAGCUGCUUACUAUGCUCAAAGGAUGAUCCAAUAUCUGUCUCGGAGAGAAAGCAUACGCCAGCGUUCACUGCAGAAUCGCUUACGGACGCUCUCAAACUCUCAAGCCGACAGCCAGUCCAACAACCCAUCCUCCACACCACCGGAAGCCAGUGAUGGAGACUAUGAGGACAUUGAGGAGCCUGGAGACAGGACAAGACACAGAAUGCCCCGCAAUGCUCGAAUGUCGGCCCCAUCGCUCGGACGCUUUGUCCCACGGAGGUUCCUGUUACCAGAGUACUUGCCUUACGCUGGACUUUUCCAUGAAAGGGGUCAGUCAGGCCUGGCCACUCACUCCUCCAUUAACAGAGUAUUAGCAGGAGCAUCUAUAGGUGAUGGGCAGUCAGCUGUGGCCAGUAACAUUGCCAACACCACUUAUAGGCUGCAGUGGUGGGAUUUCACCAAGUUUGACCUUCCGGAGAUCAGCAAUGCCACUGUGAAUGUGUUGGUUCCCCACUGUAAGAUCUACAACGAUGCCAGCUGUGAUAUUUCAGCGGACGGGCAGUUGCUGGCCGUGUUCAUUCCCAGCAGCCAGCGGGGUUUUGCUGAUGAGGGCAUCCUGGCCGUUUACUCCCUUGCUCCCCAUAAUCUUGGAGAAAUGCUGUACACCAAGAGAUUCGGUCCAAAUGCGAUCUCAGUGAGUCUUUCACCCAUGGGCUGCUACGUGAUGGUAGGACUGGCCUCCAGACGGAUUCUGCUCCAUCCCACCACCGACCACAUGGUGGCGCAAGUGUUCCGUCUGCAGCAGCCACACGGAGGAGAGACGUCCAUUAGAAUGAUGUUUAAUGUGGUGUACCCCAUGGCUCCAGACCAGAGGAGACACGUCAGUAUUAACUCAGCCCGGUGGCUUCCAGAGCCAGGCAUGGGAUUGGCCUACGGAACCAAUAAGGGCGACCUGGUCAUCUGCAGGCCAGUUGAUUUCCGCAGUGAUGGAGACAGUCCGUCGGAUCUCAGCUCGGAUUCUUUGUUUACUGUCAACAGCAGCAGCCGAACCCGUGGAGUGGAGCGCCCAGGGACGAGCAGGUCCGGCUGGAGAUUUGACCGAGACAUGGGCCUUAUGAACGCUAUUGGCCUGCAGCCACGUCAGGCCACGCCUUCUGUGACCUCACAGGGGACGCAGACACCAGUGGUGCGACUGCAGAAUGCCGAGACCCAGACGGAGAGAGAACUUCCUUCAGCCAGUACUUUCCAGACCGCGCACACAUCCAGACACAUGGUUCAGAUGGCCAGCACCAGCACUGAGAGACACACACACCCAGAGACGACCCACACACUGUUACACACACCGGUUCAGGCAUCGGUUUCAGAGGGAUCGCUGAACCGGACCAACUUGUCCGCCACAUAUCACGCGGAUUCAGCAGCCGAGCCCGGUCCGGGAGAAGAUGCGCUGUCUCGGAUCCGCCGCCUAAUGGCGGAAGGAGGAAUGACGGCCGUGGUCCAGCGGGAACGCAGCACUACUAUGGCCUCGAUGGGUGGCUUUGGAAACAACAUCGUGGUCAGCCAUCGGAUUCACCGUGGCUCGCAGACCUCAGUCAGGUCGACUCAGGUGGGAAACCCGACCGCGGAAACACCUGCUGGACUCACUAUCCCGACUCUUUUUCACACUGAACCCUUGGUAGACUCUCUAGAAGCUCCUGGGCCAUCAGGGUCCAUCGGCGCCCCACUUCCGCCACAGUUUACAACUCGCUCUGAGGUCGUGAGGGUGUCUCCUAUGGUUGAGCCAGACUUGUUUGGCGAUCAUCAAGCUGAUGUCGUGCACCACCCGUCCCCAAGGGGUUUGAAUAUGUCCAACCAUAGCAACAACAAUAACAAUGACCAUAACAACAGCUACAGUGAAAGCCGGAGCCGAGAUUAUCCUGACGAUCUGUAUGGCAGAUAGUCUUACGUCUGGUUGUCUUUGAGACAAACAUCUCAAAACUGGUCUGCAUGGUGCUGGAGCAUUUCGUGGUGGACCAUUUGUUACAAUGACAGAACAUAAUGUUUGGGGCGGAGCCGCUGAACUUCCCGCCUCAGUUCUGACUCCUCCCACUCUGGCCUUAUUUGGGAAUGAAUGAGUGCCAAGUUUUUCAUGCCGUCUCCUUAACUGGGAGGCAUCAACCUCAUCUUUUCUGUCAAAACAACAGAUUCUGGCUUUGGGGAAGCAUCAUUAUUGCACUUGCGUGUUGCACUUAAGUUAUAAUUUUCUUCCUUUCAAGGUUGAGUCUGACAUUUCAUCAUUCCAUGCGAGAAAGGGAAUCAUACUUGAAUCCUUCCCGUACUGCAGUACGGAAUUACACGGUUGUAGUUAACCACCCUUUCAAGCUCCAGGAAAACUCAUCAGCCAAUCGAAGUGCCAGUUGAGGCUGGGGGCGUGUCCUUACCGAUUCCUUUGGAUCCCAUGGGGUCUGUUGUCUUCAGGACAUUUUGGUUUGAGGAAAUGUAAAGCAGACUCUUCACAGCUUAACACUAACUCUCACUCAACAUCCUCUAACGGUUUUUGAGUUCAAAUUCAGAGAUUAUGCUUGACGUGAUUGGUUUUUUUUGUGUUCGAUAAUGUGAUUUCCAGUGCUCGAGUCAUCCAGUUGAUCGGUGUCCAGAACAACAUCUGCUUUGAAGUUCUCAGACUGGAAAGACUUGCGUGCGUGAACGUGUCCCACUAAACUUCCAGAUUUUAUGAUGGUUUUUAAUUUGAAUUUAUUUAUCUGUCAUUUGAAAAAUACACUUUUGAAUGCAUGUUGUCUGUAAUUGUCCAUUGGAUAGAAGAAGCAGUUCAAGAACUCCUCACGCUGGUUCAGAUGUCUCAUAUCUGCAUGUGUGUCCAGUUCCAGAGAAGCUGAAUGCGGAAGGCGGGGCUUAAGCAAAUUAGCAUGUAGGCUGUCUAACGCACAUGCACAUUAAGUGAAAUUUUGGUACGCCGAGCAGUUUUUAUUGGGCUUUUAUACAUUUGUGAGCAUUGACUUGCGUGUAUGGGUCAGCCGCAAGUCACGAUGCAUUUGUACGAUGCCUACUGAUGCGAUUUCCCAGAAGUACCUUAAAACUCCGAAACGAAAUGUAAGACCAUUACAAUUCUUGUGCCAGAUUGUUAUGCUUCAAACGUAACACUUUUAACUGCUGAUUGUCAAUUCGCCGGUAAUUCACCUCGAAUCAGCUGAUUGGACGAGGAUUUCAUUCCAUUCUACCAAACGCCACAAGCCUCUUAUGAUGCGUAAGAGACGAAUGGCAAGUGAUUGCACUUAAGCACCAUUUUCUCCUUCCAGACUGCACCGAGAAUAAUGUUACAGACAAUAAACCAGACAUAUCUCUAUCUUAGAUCUGGAUUAUGUACAAUAAACACUUGAAUAACCCGUAAUAGAGCGUUUCUUUGGACAACGGACACUUAAGAGAGUGACUGCCCUAUAUGCGCGCACACUGCUGAGAGUCACUGAGGACGGGCACUGUUUGUAUGCGUGUACGUGUGGAUGUGUAUGUCUGUGAGUGUCCGCCACUGAACCUACAGAGUUUUAUUAUAAAUAAAUGUAGCAUUGUAAAUGUAGAGAUGAUAAAUCAAGAAGAAAAAUCCAUAUUUCGGGGUGGGGUUUGGUUUUUUUAAUUACAUUCUUGCCUUGUGAGUUCUAUUGUGCUUGUUUUAGAUUCUCGUGUACGAUUGGUCAACUCUAGCGAUGAGUUGUCAGUGCAUUUGCAUAUGCACAGACCUUUCGUUAACAAGCAUUUAUAAAAAUUAUUAUUUGUGUAAAAGAUUCUGUUAUUUUAGCUGCUUGGCUUGAAUUAGUAGCUUUUUUUGUAAAAAACGGUCCCCUUUAGGAAUGGUUUGUUUUUUUGAAAGUUUGUGGAUGUAAAAUUCAGUUGGAUUGUGGUCUCAUAGCAAGCAAUGGCAGCUGAGGAACCUCUCAGAAACCCUUUGGUGUUUUUCCAUGAGUUCAGUGCCUUGGGGAGUCUUCUCCUUACUGAACCACAAAAGCUGUUCUGAUGUGUGACAAAACCAGAAUAGCUCCUUCAUAAGCCUUUUGAAUGUUGAGUGUUUUAGUAAUUGGUAGAAAUAUUGGUGAAACUAAGUCUGGUUGUGUUGGCUGUCAUUUUGAUUAUUUAUUUUUCCCUUUGUGUGAAUGACAAAUGCAAUCCUGGUUUUAAAAUGCUUCUAUGAUAAGAGAGAAGGACCUUUUUACUUUAAACUCCAUUUGAGAACAUGGUAAAUAUCUUCGUUUAAGUACACAUCUCAUUUUUGACCAUAUGCACACCUUAUUUUUAUGAAGUCGCUUUAUGCAGGGUUUGUUUUAGACUUUUUGGACAAUUCAUGUGUUCAGACGAGAAUAGCUGACGGCAACCGAAAGUGUGACAUUUUUAAAAACUGUAAUUGUGUUCUUGUUGGAUGUGUGGUUAUGUAUAUGCUCUCACUGCUGGAUCGGUACCUUAGCUGAAGUCAUGAUGGUGGAAAAGACCAGAAUUCAACUUCCUCUUCUGCCCGGACAAGAGGGAUGUGUUGUUAUGACUUACCAUAAAUGUGUAGUUGGUUCUUUAUUUAGUGAAAAUGAGGAUUAGGUGUUGUAAAAGAAUUUCGUGGGACACCAAAGAUCCUGUGGUUAUGACGAUUAUGAGAGUUUUAAUAAAAUGGGAAUAUGGAAAUUAA